GCGACGGUUGAACGUAACGUUACCAGUCAGGUGUCGUUAUUGUCACCUGCCUCGUGUGAUUCUCGUGUUCAGAAAGGAAACCGCUGUGGACGUGUGAAAUAUGUGAACUCUGGUUUUACACUUUGUGUUGUUUUAUGUAUUCGUUUGACUCUGCGUGCCCAGAUCCCUUCGUGUUGGAUUUGUUUGUGUCUUUUUCUUUUUUCUUUGUGUGUGUGUGUCACCUGUGGACCGAAUACAACCAAAUACCUCUAAAUCCUCACAUCUCCAACGCACAUAAAUUGUACAUUGUGUACGUUUAUCACUCUUUUCCUUUCUCAAGCAGACCAGAGACGUUCCAUGCAUCUCCAAUUUGAGGUUUUAGUGGUUUCUUAUUUUUUUUUUAAACGUUUUAAAAUCUUUAAUAAAGUAAAUGUUAUAGUUGUCAACCUAUUUUGCAUGCUGCCAAACAAUUAAAACAAAUGCAGUUAUCCCUGCAAAUGUGACGAUGCCACCCUGACAUCGUCAACAGCAAUACAUUUCAUCAUUAUCACACGUGCCAUUAAAUUAGAAGUGAAAGAUUGCAAGAGCGCUCUGAGGCCCGGCACCCAGUAACCUCUUACCUCCUUUUGAAAUGCUUCAAGUCUUUGACACUCGAGUGAACAUCUUGUUUUCCGGGACCGUCGGCAUGGUCUCACCUCCUAGUACAAACGUCACGGCAGCCGAAGAGACGUCCCCCUCACCCCACCAGACCCCUGGGCCGGGCCAACUGUAGUGCUAUUAUAGUUCAAGCAAAGGCGGAUUGUUGCUCUCUUACAAAGGAUUGCACAGUCCGAGGCUGAGGAGCGUAAUGCAGUGUCUUUCUACUAAGAGAAGAUGGCAGUGGUGGUGCUCGGCGUUCUCCUGUGCAUCUCUUGUUGGGUCUCGCUCUACUUCGCCCUGUGCAGCCUCAACGGGUCCAGGAGCUACGAGUGGAACUGCCGCCUGGUCACGCUGGCACACGGCAUCCUGGCCGUCUGCAUCACGGGGUACAUAGGCUACGUGGAUGGACCCUGGCCGUUCACGUAUCCAGGUACCAAGAACACCCCCCUGCAGGUCAGCGCCAUGGUGGUGAGCCUGGGAUACUUCCUUUUUGACAUGGCCUGGUGUGUGUACUUCCGCACAGAGGGACCCGUUAUGCUGGCCCACCACACCAUGAGCAUCCUUGGAAUCCUGCUGACCCUGUGGUUGGGGGAGUCUGGCAUCGAGUCCUGCGCUGUGCUCUUUGGCAGCGAAAUCACCAACCCCCUCCUGCAGGCCCGCUGGUUCCUCAAGCAGACGGGGCGCUACGGGACGCGGCUGGGGGACGUCGUGGACGUCCUGUUUGUGCUGCUGUUUGUGUUGAUGCGGGUCUUUGUGGGAGGCACAAUGCUGUACUGCGAGCUGAUCUCCCCGAGGCCCAGAUUCUUCAUCAAGUGCGGGGGAGUGGCCAUGUACGCUCUGUCCUGGGUGUUUAUGGUGGACAUUGUCCGGUUCGCCCGUCGGAAGAGCAGGAGCUGGCACAGACCCAAGGCGGACCAACUAGAGACGGUGGCUGCUAAUGGUCACGAAGGGAAGAAAGAGUGAUGGCUUUGUGCUUCUCCCGAGGAGAGAGAAAGAACAAAGAAAUUCAACUUUUUGUAUGUUGAACUGAUAUUGAAUAAAAGCAUAUUUCAAAGUCUUAGUUUUCCAUGUCGAGAAACAUCGCGUGACACCUGUCUGCAAGGGCUCACGAAAGAACACAUUUUACACAUUUUUACACUAUCGCAGCUGAAAACAUGUUUGAAUCACUAUCACUUUGAUGGCCUAGUCGCCGUGGUGGUGCUCUGAGGGAGAGCUGGAUGCUGGAGAAGAGGCCGUUUACAUGUGAUGCUCUCCUUGUGAAACAUUUUCCGUCAUGUCCAAAUGUUAGGAUUGUGGUCAGGUGGUUCUCAGGGACAUGAAGUCACACCGGACAGUUGGGAUGGACUCCAGAGAAAGUGUGUGAUGUGAUCGAUUACGUCAUGGCAACUCCUGCACAUUUUUGGCUUACUGUCUUAAAUCGUUUGUUGCAGAGCCUGCGCUAAAGGAUUUGCUUAAUGUUACUUCCCUUGUGUAAAGGGAUACACGGGAAGGGAACAGUUUGAAUUACAUACCUCUACGCGGGUAAUGCGAUUACCAGUGUGUUAAGUUGUGCGUGGCACUGUACCACUAGCUUCCAAAUAAUAUGAGUUGUGUUUCAAGUCUCACAAAGGCGGGAUGAUUAAAGUCUAUUGUGAGCUGUCUGUACCGUGUCCUGAUCAUUUCACUACUGAAGUUACAUUUAGUUUGUCCAGCAGCGUAAAAUGUUUUGUUUUUUUUGGAGAUGUCUGUGCUCUUCUCUUAUAUUCUUCGAGACAAACAUACGUGACCGCCAAGACCAACCAGGUUGCCUCGGACUCUGGACAAUACGAAAAUCUGUGAAAUCAUGCUUUCUUCUUUUGGUUUGAGCACCUAAAAUGUCGGAUAGUUAUCAGGUAUUUAGUCAGUGAGAACAUAUUGAGGUGAAAAAACUAAUUUUACACUCAUUCCAAACACUAUUGUACUAAAUACUUGUGUUUGAUUUAUGGAUCUAAGUGUGAAGAGUAUUCUCAGAGUUGUUAUAUUUAUUGUGUGAUUUUUGCCUGCAUUCACCAUAAUUCAAUAUUUAUCACCAUAAAUAUAUCCAUCUUGUUGUGGCAGAGUUCACAUACGUAUCUUGUCCAGAAAGAACACACAAGGGAUUUUUUGGAUGUCUUUGUGCUUGGACUUUAUAGGGUUCAUUAUGACCAUAUCUUGUCUGUUAUCAUAGAAUUAUUGGACAUCUGCAGUGGCGUAUUUAAUUGCUUUAUUUUCCAGUACAUAUAUUUGAUUUGCAGCUCUCAUACAAGGUCUCUUUUCUAAGCAUUAACUCUUUAUCUUAGAAAGCAAAAAAACAAAUUGGUGUGUGCCUUAGUUAUCUGAAUGUACUUCCAUUAUGUUCUGAUGGCUUUUCGUAUUUUGUGCUGUUCUGUAAACCCUCCACUAUAAGCAUAGGAGUAAUUAAGAAAUAUUUGGGGUUUUGGGAUUUAAUAAUUUGUCUUUGUAAUCUCUGAGUAAAGUCAAAAAAAGAUGUAAUCGAUUGUUAUAUGCUAAACUACAUACAUUAAAUAAAAACUAAAGAAUAAGU